AUGACAAACAGCACCCUUCAGUACCGACUCGCAACUCCAGACGACGCACCCCAAAUCCAGCAACUGGUGCAAUUCGCAUUCCGCACCCAAGACAGCAGACCAAACUGGACAGGAGACACGGCCCUCGCGGCGGGCUUCAGCAUUGGCGUUGAGGAGAUCCUCACCACAAUCACCACGCCCGACAGUGCAUUCCUGAUCGCAACGGACACCAAUGGCGCCCUCGUCGCCUCCAUCGGCAUCUCCAGGCACAGCGCUGACUUCGCUCGCUUAUUCCUGCUUGCAGUAAGCGAUGAGUUCCAACGCGGCGGUAUCGGGCGGCAGGUACUCGCCUACGCCGAGGGCUAUUGUCAGCGGAUCUGGGGCGUCAACAAGGGGAGUUUAAAUGCUCUUUCGAACCGUCUGGAACUGAUCCUUUGGUACAUGCGCUGUGGGUAUCGGCGGACUGGCGAGUUAACGCCGUUUCCGGUUCAACGAGUGGAGGGGAGUGCGUUACAUGAGGACUUGUGUUUUGUGGAAAUGGAAAAGGAGUUUAAUGGAGGGUCUGUUGCAGCCUGA